AUAAAAUCCCUUAAAAGGAUAGGUUUACCAAAAGGUACUACCAAUUAAAUAGACAUAAUUUAGAUAUUCACUUUUCCUAAUUUGGUUUGUGUUUCAAUCGAAUAAUUGAAAAUGACUUUGUUUAAACUAAAAUCAGCGCCGAUUUUGCUUAUUGAAGAUGAUAUUAACGUCAAUACCUUGCCAUUAUUAUUCGCUCUUUUAGAAGACGAAAAGAACGUGAUAAAUUUUCACAUUUAUGAACAUCAGGAAGAGUUGUGGAAAGAAGCUUUUAAAAACAAAAGUAAUGUCAAGGUUUACUCAGAAUACCAAGAUGAAAAAUAUGACAUAUAUACAAAGAUACCAUGUACUAUGAUAGUAGAUUCUGUUCAUCAAAUGUUUUAUUCUCUGGGGUCAAACAAGUUUAUGAAGCUAUUGAAACGAUUACAGGGUAAUCCUUGUGUCGAAAGGAUAAUAAUAAUCUUACACAAAGACUGUAUGGCACAUUCAUCAAAGCUGAGAAUACAUAUGAAUUACAUUGCUAAUGCAGUAAUUAGUUUCGACAGUAAUAAUGUUUUGAAAGCAUUGAUUAAUAUUAAAAAAGGAGCUAAAUUUAUAAAAACCGAAGAAAUUUUUUCAUUAUGCAUUAAGACCAAAACAUUGAAUUUGACUCCUGUACCAAAAGAAACCAAGAAAGAUGAUGAACCAGAAAAACCAUCACCAGAAAAACUUUCCACCUUUAAAAUUGAAGUGGAUCAGACAGAAAAACUACAGAAGUAUAAUCUAAAGCUUCCAUAUAUGAGUAAGAUUCAUGAGGGAGAAAGUAAGAUUUAUUACGAGCCAGAUGCUGUUGAUGACUGGGAUGAAGAAGAUCCUGAUGACGAUCUUGAUAUUUAAAAUAUGUAAUCAACCAUAUCAUUAUGUAUUUGCUAUGCGUAUUCCCUUAUAAAAUAAUAUAUAUUGCAGUCGGUUUAAA